AUGGAGGAAGAAUUUAUUGACAGUGCUUCGGAUAACCAAGCACCGCUUCUCGAGAUUGGUGACCAACCUUCUAGAGAUUUUCUCGAAUUAUUUGCAAAAUUGGAUCCAACAAUAAAUGGAGAAAUAAUUGAAAAAGCUUGGAAACAAUAUGAUACAAUAAGUCAACAAAUUAUUUUAGAGGGAAGUUCUUCUGUUUGGAUGGCUUGUGCUUUUUUUACUUCUGUUUGGAAAUCUACUCCAAUUGGCCAUCAAGAAUUAAUUUGUCAUUAUUCUUUACUUAAACUUAUUGAAUUAUGCAAAGUUAGUGUUCUCGAUUUUUUUGAUAAAUUAAAUAAAUGGGCUGAUAUGAUUUUGGCUACUCGACGUUUACUUGAUUUUGUUAAUCGUGUUCAAUCAAAUUUGGCUGUUUCCGCUGUUAUUUUCAAAAAGUUUUUGCCAAUUUUUCGUUAUACUUUUGCUCAACAGAAGCCUUCGAGUUUGGAAAAACAUUUAACGAGUGCAGAAUUAUUUGAAUUUAUUUGGCUUUUCUUUAUUACUAUGCGAAAACAAUUACCAGCCAACAAUGAAGACCUGAUGAAUUCUUAUAAUUUAUUACUUUGUGUUGUUGAUUAUAUUUACCAUGCAAUCUCAAUUUCCCGAUUAAAGAAUCAUUUAAAUGCUGAUUUUGGUUAG